AUGUCGGCUUCAAAAGUUUGGUCCAAAUUUUCUGUCAAAAAAGGUGGUGAUACCAUCAAUCUACGUGUAGUGGAUAUGCCUGAAAAUCUCAGUGAUGAAGUCAUGAAUUUCUACAUUAAUUAUUUUGCUAAGGAAGACUCUGCCUGCAAAGCAGCUGGAGUUUCAAAAAAUCCAGAAGCAAUUGAAGAAUUGCGUGCUACCAUGUUUGAAUUUGCAAAAGAAAAAGGAUUUCACGCUGUAAUCUGCUGUUUGGACAACGGUGACGAUCCAAUCAAGGAUUUUAUUGGUGCGUCUAUGAUGGCGCUAGUGUCUAAAGAAGAACCUAUGCCUGAGUUCAAAUUCAAAGCAGAAGAAUUGAAUAAAAUGUUUGAAUUAUAUUUAGGACUGGAAGCUUAUUACGACGAAGCUAAAGAAUUUGGUUUGGACAGUUACUUCAGUGACAGAGGACUAUUCGUUCACCCUGAGUACAGAAACCUAAGCAUUGAGCAGGAGCUCCUUAAAGUCAGGUGUCUGAUAGCUAAAGAACGAGGUAUAUCGUUGGUUGGAAUGUGGUUAACUACUCAAGAACUGCAGAAAGCUGCUGAAGGUGACGGUUGGGAGUCUGCGUGUGAGGUCAAAUAUGAAGAACUCGGUCAUAAAUAUGGAGUCAACUUCGAUGCCGACACUGUUUCUUGCAAAUAUAUGUUUACUAGAACAAAAUGA